UGAAAUAUCAGUUAUAGAGGGACGUUUCGUCGGUGGUAAGAAGUCGCGUCCUUUUCUCUUUUUCGAGUUUUAUCAAGUUUCUUUUUUUUUUGUCGAAGUGAAUCAAGUUUCUCCAUUAUUUCUUUUAAGGAGAUUUUUAAAGAUCUACGUUAGAAAAUAUAGAUCGUUCCAUUACAUUGUGUCCUCAGAGUUAGCCAGUUAAUAAAUAUUGCUUGACGGUACUGCUUGCACGUUUUGCUUUUAUUUCAGAAAAUCGAGCAAUAAAAGUGAACGAUAAGAUGGCCUUGAUGCUCCAAAAUUUAAAAUUAUCUUCAAACAUUCCUCCAGAAUAUAUGGAAAUGGCGCAAAACACAUUGUAUAAAAUGCAAGAGCAUAUUGAAGGGCGCGAUCAUAAAUAUCAAUGGAGCUUGAAUGAUUUUGAAAUUGGGGCUCCUCUAGGACGUGGAAAGUUUGGCCGAGUCUAUCUUGCUAGAGAAAAGACUACUCGUUAUAUGAUUGCCUUAAAAACUCUUUACAAAAUAGAAUUAAUAAAGGGUCGCGUUGAGAAACAAGUUAUGCGGGAAAUUGAGAUACAGUCGCAUUUACGGCAUCCCCACAUUCUUCAAUUGCUAACUUAUUUCCAUGACCACAAACGAAUUUACUUGGUAUUAGAAUUUGCUGCAAGAGGAGAACUUUAUAAAGAGCUAAAGCGUCAACCCGGAGAAAGAUUUAACGAACAUCUCUCGGCCAAGUAUACGUAUCAAGUAGCCGAUGCUCUGGAAUAUUGCCAUAAAAAUAAUGUAAUCCAUAGGGAUAUAAAACCAGAAAAUUUAUUGCUUACGUAUAACGGUGACGUAAAGUUAGCAGAUUUUGGAUGGUCGGUUCAUGCACCUUCGUCAAAACGAAGUACAUUAUGUGGAACAUUGGAUUAUUUACCUCCGGAAAUGGUGACUGGUCAAACGUACGAUAUAUAUGUCGAUCAUUGGUGCCUCGGGAUACUUUGUUAUGAGUUUCUAGUCGGCAGACCACCGUUCCUCAGCGAUUCUCAACAAGAAACUUACGUUAAAAUAAAGACUUUAAAUAUACAAUGGCCAGAACAAAUAACGCCCGGUGCCAAAGAUCUUAUUUCAAAGCUAAUCAAAAGGAAAGGUUCUGAGAGAAUAUCACUGGCAGCUGUAAAGAAACAUUUUUGGAUACAAGAACAUAAGGAUAAUCCAUAAUGAUAUUUUACAAACAUUGUCUCAUAUGCGAUGUAACGCGCGAUAAAAAUUUAUAAGUCCUCUCCAUAAGAUGGACAGAAGGAGGAUUAAAUUCUACAAUCUUUUAUGGCCAAUUUAAAUUGAUGCCUGUAACAUCUAAUGCUACAAUGUCUACUUCCGUUUUCAAAAGAUCACAUAAACUUGGCUUUGUUCGUCCAAAAUCUCCAUGAACGAAUUCUUUGACAUAAGUACCUGCUUGGGUUUUUACAUCCAAUACAAAAAAAGUGUUAUCGUCUAUGGGUGCGUUCGGUAAUUCUUGCGGUUUCGCCCAACGAGCACGCAUGUCGUAUAUGAAACGUACACGGGGAGUCAAUGGACGUCUGUGAAGGACUCUGAUCGGUGUUUUUUGAAUUAUUUUUACGUUUUUUAAUUUAUUUAAAGCUUCAAGGCUUGAUUCGUCUUGUGGUGCUCUGCGACAUACGCAAAGUGCUCGAUAAAAUUUUGUUUUAACAUUUUCACCUUCUUUUAAUUUUUUUAAAUCGUCCCUAGAAACAGAUCGUACAAAAUGUGCAAGAGUAUAGGAUACACGUAUAUACCCAAUUAUCGAGAUACUCACCUCGUUAGUAAUUUCAAAUUACUCGUUACUUUAACUUGCGUAGAACUAUCAUUGAUGAUGGUAACCAAGUUCGAUAAAAGUUCAGAAGUUAUCUUUGUUAUUCGAGGAUUUAUUAAUUCAACUGCAAACGGUCUGCCAGAAUGUAUGUUUCUUACAUCAACGUCUUCUCUUCCAGAAGAUAAAAAUUUGAUUGCUAUGAAAACGGAUAACGUGCAUAAAUAUAUAUAUAUAUAUAUACGUGGUGCGUUAGAUAAAGCGCAUAAUCGUAUAUGACAAUAUUU